GCCAGCGUUUAUUUUGGCACUGCUACUCAUUUGUCUCAGUGUAGCCGCCAUUAAACAACACGGAGGCAAUGUAAAACAUGGAGUGUCGCUGAAUUAUACCAUGAUUCAAAGAGAACAGAGGCUUUGCCAAGGUGUGGUUUAUUCUGCGAGAGGUUAAUGAGUCCAUAAAGGUAAACAUGUGACAGUCCAAAGGGGUCGAAAUAACUCGGAUUGGGAAAGCUUUGACGGAACAGGAGGAGGGGGGUCUGUACAAGAAGGGUUUGUUGUGGUUUUCAGAAGCACUUGAGAAACGAGCGCAGCCGCAAAACGUUUGACCAGCCAAAGUAAUCCACAAUGACGGAACAGAGGAUAAAGUGGGUCUGUGAUUACUGCACCUAUGAAAACUGGUCAUCUGCAAUCAAGUGCACUAUGUGCCGGGCACAGAGGUCGACGGGUCCCAUCAUCACGGAGGAACCUUACAAGAACAGCCCUGAUCUGGACCCCAGCCUGGAGUGGGACCCUCCCAGAACUGAGAGUGGCAGUAGCCUCCUCAUCUGCCCUGAUUCAAGUGCUAGGCCAAGAGUGAGGUCAGCCAGCAUGGCUGAGAUUGCCAAUAAGUGGUCCUGUCAGAUAUGCACCUACCUGAACUGGCCUCGGGCCAUACGCUGCACACAGUGCCUAUGUCAGCGCCCGAGGACCAGCAGCCCCACCGAGUCCCCCCAGACAUCAGGCUCCAAUGCAGGCUGCCGCCCUGCUCUCCACUCCCCCGUGGAUACCUGUGAGGAGUACAAUGACAGAAACAGACUUAACACCCAUCAGCAGCGCUGGACAUGCGCAGCAUGCACUUACCAGAACUGGCCCAAAACUACAAAGUGUGUUGUGUGUGACCACCCCAAGCCCAAUAAUCAGGAAGCUAUAGAGCUGGCCGAACCUGCUGAGCCAACACCUGUGAUCAAUGAGCAGGACAGGGCUUGGUGGAAGGGCAGUUGCAGUGGAGGACAGGGCCAAAGAAGAUCCCCUCCUAUGCCCCAGAGGGAAGACCGUGUCAAAAUGGACUUCCAGAGGAUAGAGCUUGCAGCUGGAGCCAUGAGCAGCAAAGAUGAGCAAGAGGUCGACUUCAAGAAGCUAAAGCAGAUUAGAAACCGAAUGAGAAAAACAGACUGGCUGUUCCUCAAUGCAUGUGCUG